CCAAUUCCCCGCCUUCAAUUUCGAGUUCCACCGCCCGCUCCCGCACAGCAAAGGCAACCGAAGCCGGCGAGAGGAGCCAUGGCCCGUACCAAGCAGACCGCCCGCAAGUCCACCGGCGGCAAGGCGCCCCGCAAGCAGCUCGCCACCAAGGCCGCCAGGAAGUCGGCCCCGACCACCGGCGGCGUGAAGAAGCCGCACCGCUACAGGCCCAGGACCGUGGCGCUCCGCGAGAUCCGCAAGUACCAGAAGAGCACGGAGCUGCUGAUCCGCAAGCUGCCCUUCCAGCGCCUGGUCCGCGAGAUCGCGCAGGACUUCAAGACGGACCUCCGCUUCCAGUCCCACGCCGUGCUCGCCCUCCAGGAGGCCGCCGAGGCCUACCUCGUCGGCCUCUUUGAGGACACCAACCUCUGCGCCAUCCACGCCAAGCGCGUCACCAUCAUGCCCAAGGACAUCCAGCUCGCCCGCCGCAUCCGCGGGGAGCGCGCCUGAGCGGGAGCCAGACCAAUCCGACCCCAGACGUCCCCGCCGCCGCCGCAUUCGAGGGCAUGCCGCCGUUCGUUCGCCAGCAGUAGUUGAUUCGCCGCCUGCCGUUUUAGAUCGUGUUAAUUUUGGUUUGCGUUGAUGCAAACAGAUGCUUACUGUGAAACUGUUGGUUAAUAUACUGUUGAUCGACCAUUAUCGAUGUAUGCAAUUCUGAGGUGCUGUGGAGUUGUUGCCCCCUGUUCUCUGAAUCCUCUUGUGA